AACACCGCUCUGCUUUGGACGCUGUGUAAAAAUGCUGAGAACCACAGAGGAUGCCCCGAAAGGAUGGUUUUCCUGGAAACUGAUGGCGAGCAGAGGCAUCAAAAGGCAAGUGAGCUUGUUUAUUCUCUGUGUAUGCGUCUGUCAAACCGGGUCUGAAACCCUGCGCUAUACUCUGGCAGAGGAAAUGGAGAAGGACUCCUUUGUGGCCAACGUUGCAAAGGACCUGGGGGUUUCUCUCAGCCAGCUCGCUGCUCGCAAGGCCCGCGUUGUAUCCGAGGGGAACGAGCAGUAUUUCCUGCUGAAUCAAGACACGGGAGUCCUGACAGUGAAGGAAACGCUAGACAGAGAGGAGAUCUGUCCACAGAGCGAUAUCUGCACACUCUUCUUUAAGAUAUUCUUUGAAAAUCCAUUGCAACUGAUACGAGGGGAAGUGGAGAUUCUUGACAUAAAUGACAACUCCCCUGUAUUCCUAGAAAAGGAGAUGGUUCUAGAGAUUCUGGAAACGGCAUCUCCGGGGUCUCGUUUCCCUUUGGAAAGUGCCAGAGACACUGACGUGGGGAGCAACGGCCUGCAAAAAUACAGCCUCGGGCCCAACUCACAUUUUUCUCUAGAUCUUGGGACCGGAAAGGAUGGGGGGAAAUACGCAGAGCUUGUACUACAGCAGCACCUGGACCGCGAAGACCAGCCAGAAGUAAAUUUGCUUCUCAUCGCCACUGACGGGGGCUCACCUCCCAGGUCAGGCACGGCUCAGGUCCGGAUCGUGGUGCUGGAUGCCAAUGACAAUAAUCCUGUCUUUGGUCGGGAAGUCUAUGAGGUACGCCUGGCCGAAAACAGCCCGCCGGAGCAGCUAGUGGUUAGAGUCGCGGCUGAGGAUCCCGAUGAAGGGUCCAAUGGCAAAGUGCGAUAUGCCUUCACUCAAACGUCAGAGCGGUCUCGCCACCUCUUUCAGCUGAACCCUGCCACCGGUGAGAUAUGGAUCUCGGGCAACCUGGACUUCGAGGAAGCAAAAAGCCAUGAGAUGGUGGUGAGAGGCACCGAUGGUGGGGGGCUGUCUGCGCAUUGCAAAGUGCACGUGGAGGUCCUGGAUGUGAACGACAACGCCCCAGAGAUAGCACUUACCUCCAUCUCCGCCUCCAUUCCCGAGGACGCCCCACCCCGAACCGUGGUGGCCUUGUUCAAAGUGCGAGAUCGAGACUCUGGAGACAACGGGAGAACGGAGUGUGCGAUCAAUGAGGACUUGCCCUUCGGUCUCACAGCCACUUUCGACAAUUACUACGAGCUGCGGACAGACGCGGCCCUGGACAGGGAGAGAGCGGCGGAAUACAACAUCACCAUCACGGCCAUGGACUGGGGCACACCGCGGCUGAGUUCUGAGGAAAGCAUCUUCGUGCAGAUAUCUGAUGUGAACGACAACCCCCCGGAGUUCACAAAGGCAGUUUACACCAUGUCAGUGAAGGAGAACAACAGCCCAAUGCUCCGAAUCGGCAGCGUGAACGCGACGGAUGCUGACACGGGGAAAAACGCCCGCGUGAGCUACGCGCUGGUGUGGGAGCAGGGAAAGAAGUCCAAUGUGUCAGUCAACUCGGAGAAUGGGGAACUUUAUAUCCUCCGUCCACUGGACUACGAGGAGGUGCGCGCCUUCCAGGUAGCCGUGCGUGCCGUUGACGGCGGCUCGCCGCCGCUCAGCACCGAGGCGCUGGUGCGUGUGGAGGUGCGGGACGAGAACGACAACGCGCCCGUCGUGCUGCACCCGCUGCCCAACAGCAGCGCGGCGGUGGGCGAGCUGGUGCCGCGCCGGGCACAGGCCGGCUACCUGGUGGCCAAGGUGGUGGCGGUGGACGCGGACUCGGGGCAGAACGCGUGGCUCUCCUACGAGCUGGCCAAGGCCACGGAGCCGGGGCUCUUCCGCGUGGGGCUGCACAGCGGCGAGGUGCGCACGGCGCGGGCCGUGUCGGAGCGCGACGCGGCCCGGCAGAGACUCGUGGUGCUUGUGAGAGACAGCGGGCAGCCGCCGCGCUCCUCCACCGUCACCCUCAGCCUCGCCCUAGUGGAGGGCUUUUCUGAAGCCCACCUGCGAGUCAGCGAGGAGGUGCCCGCCGACGACCCCGACGCGCCACUGACGCCGUACCUCAUCAUCUGCUUGUCCUCCGUGUCGGCACUGUUCCUGAUCACCGUGGUGGCCAUUGUGGUUGUGAAGGUGCGGCGGGCCAGGGGGAGGGAGGCAGAGACAGGGCCCGCUUUCCCGAAGAUUGCCGGGGAAGGUAGCUCCGGCUCCCUGCCUCGCAGCUACGUGUACGAUGUCUGCUUCGCUGCCGGGACUAUCAACAGCGAGUUCCGGUUCCUCAGGCCCCUCUUCCCCUGUUUCCCAGCCGGACUGCCCCCCGGUCCAGGAGACCAGCGGAGCUCUGUGUGUUCGCAAGACGUGGCCAGCCUCAGGGAAGAAGGUGACUGGACAGCACAGGGCAGAGCUUCCCACUCUGAAGACACGGGUCCCAGGCCAGUGGAAGCAGACUGCGCUGCUAACAAGGUUAUAGGGUUAAAGGAUAUUCCCGAUCAAAACCCUUGGCUCACCCAUCAGUAGAUGAGGACAAGAACAAGCAUGUCUGUCUGCACCAUUUAAAGCCAUCAUGGAGAAACCAGAACCAAGAGACAUAACAUACACCAAAAAGAAAUACCAAGAAGGCACAAGUCGUCUCUGCAAGAGAGCAAGGACACUCUCCUCUUAUGUAGUAUUUUGUUCACUUAGGUAUUUUACAACUGUGAUAUGGAUGGAGGAAAACUGUGUCGCAUGCUGAUUACACCUUUCUUGAUGUAUGAUUGUGGGACUGCUGCUGCAUCUGAAUAUCAAGGGAAAUAUGAAAACCAAAAGGAGAUCUUCAAGGGUAAUUUUUCCUUCAUAUGUUUUCUAUAUUUUUUUCCUUAUGGAGGGGGUUCUGUAAUACUGUCUUAAUUUUCAGCAGUCUGCUAAAUGCCACCCCAAACAUUUGUUAAAUGACAUGAAGUAAUACGUGCAAACAAACUCUUUAAUAACAAGCAGAAGUUGAUUACGUUAGAAACGGCUGACCUUAACACACUUUGCCUAUUAGACCAAGACUUUACAGAUUUUCCACAUUAUAAAACGUGGAUGAUGAAGACUGCAUUCCUUUUUUUUUCACAAUAUGAAAUUGAAUAGUUAUAGAGCAUUUCAGGAUAGUUGAGUGUAAGGUGGUAGAGAAUUAGAAGUAGUAUUAGUGGUUUUACAGCAAAAUAGGUUAUAGCUUCUAUAACAAAGAUAAGGCACUGUAAAAUGCAGUGAGUCUGGAAACUUUUUAUCUUCUUUUGCUUUCAUUACUCGGUACUGAAAUACGAAUUCAUGUGAUAUUUCCUGUUGCUCACACGUUUUUAAGAGUCAAAUGUCUGAUGAAAAAACCAAUAAAACCUACU